GUUCGGUGGUCCCCUCCCCCUCCCGCCCCCCUCCCCCGCACCUUCUCCCGCUCGAGAAGUGAGGGUGCUUGAAUGGUGAACGGUCAGGGGACUCACUCUCUGCCAACGGGAUCGCUUCACCUUCGUGCUUUGCCUGAGAUCUCCCAAAUCCAAGUGGAAUUUGGUGUGCACAGCCAUACUGUGUAUAUUUGUAUCUUCUCUCCCUGUCUCCUUCUUUCCCCCCACCUUCGCCGUCUGACCAAUGCUGGGAUCUGAGAUCUAGUCGCCCCCUUCCUGCCUCCUUUCCGCCUCUCCCCACCCUUUUCUUCUCUCAUCUACACACCAUCCACCCCCACUCCCACCCACCUAAAGGGCAAAGAGCAAAGACACCCUGGAAAAGCAAGGGCUAAUUCCAUCUUUUCGGAUGGAAGGAGGCCUCGGGCAGGGAUUGUGAGUGACAACCUUUCAAGAAGAGAGAAAGAGAGAAAUCCAGAGACUGAGCUCAGGCUCUCGGGAACAACGAAGCUCUCCACUGAUCGAGAGCACCGAGAUUUUAAUCAAAGGAACCUAGUCCUGGGACACUCACUCUGCCUGCCUGCCUGCCUGCCUGCCAUCGAAGGCAUAGGGAGCUGUGGUCGCGAGCUCCCUGUCACUGACAUCGCAGCGCUAGGUGCGCUCCCGGCUCUCCCAUUGGUAUGCAGCGACCAUUUCCCUGCAAAUCUCAAAGGUGGAAACAUUUAAACGGAUUACAAGCGUGAUUUGGUAGCCUUUCGGAAAGUUGGUGGCCAGAAGAGGAGAAGCUACAAGGCUACAGUAUGAUGGAUACAAUUCAGCCUCCCAGAGAGUUUGCCCCUCCCGCUGGGAAGCCCCUCGGAGCAAACCUCGGAGAUCCUGAGCGCUCUGCACCAUAGUUUUGUAAUCAACCACGAACGAUGAAACCUUCCAUAGCUGAGAUGCUUCACAGAGGAAGGAUGUUGUGGAUAAUUCUUCUAAGCACAAUUGCUCUAGGAUGGACUACCCCGAUUCCCCUAAUAGAGGACUCAGAGGAAAUAGAUGAGCCCUGUUUUGAUCCAUGCUACUGUGAAGUUAAAGAAAGCCUCUUUCAUAUACAUUGUGACAGUAAAGGAUUUACAAAUAUUAGUCAGAUUGCCGAGUUCUGGUCAAGACCUUUUAAACUGUAUCUGCAGAGGAAUUCUAUGAGGAAAUUAUACACCAACAGUUUUCUUCAUUUGAAUAAUGCUGUGUCUAUUAAUCUUGGGAACAAUGCAUUGCAGGACAUUCAGACUGGAGCUUUCAAUGGUCUUAAGAUUUUAAAGAGACUAUAUCUACAUGAAAACAAACUAGAUGUCUUCAGAAAUGACACCUUCCUUGGCUUAGAAAGUCUAGAAUAUCUGCAGGCAGAUUACAAUGUCAUUAAACGUAUUGAGAGUGGGGCAUUUCGGAACCUAAGUAAAUUGAGGGUUCUGAUUUUAAAUGAUAAUCUCAUCCCCAUGCUUCCGACCAAUUUAUUUAAGGCUGUCUCUUUAACCCAUCUGGACCUACGUGGAAAUAGGUUAAAGGUUCUUUUUUACCGAGGAAUGCUAGAUCACAUUGGCAGAAGCCUGAUGGAACUCCAGCUGGAAGAAAACCCUUGGAACUGUACAUGUGAAAUUGUACAACUGAAGAGUUGGCUGGAACGCAUUCCUUAUACUGCCCUGGUGGGAGACAUUACCUGUGAGACCCCUUUCCAUUUCCAUGGAAAGGACCUACGAGAAAUCAAGAAGACAGAACUCUGUCCUUUGUUGUCUGACUCUGAGGUAGAGGCUAGUUUGGGAAUUCCACAUUUGUCAUCAAGUAAGGAGAAUGCAUGGCCAACUAAGCCUUCCUCAAUGCUAUCCUCUGUCCAUUUUACUGCUUCUUCUGUUGAAUACAAGUCCUCAAAUAAACAGCCUAAGCCCACCAAACAGCCUCGAACACCAAGGCCACCCUCCACCUCCCAAGCUUUAUAUCCUGGUCCAAACCAGCCUCCCAUUGCUCCUUAUCAGACCAGACCACCAAUCCCCAUUAUAUGCCCCACUGGGUGUACCUGUAAUUUGCACAUCAAUGACCUUGGUUUGACUGUCAACUGCAAAGAGCGAGGAUUUAAUAACAUUUCUGAACUUCUUCCAAGGCCCUUGAAUGCCAAGAAACUGUAUCUGAGUAGCAAUCUGAUUCAGAAAAUAUACCGUUCUGAUUUUUGGAAUUUUUCUUCCUUGGAUCUCUUGCAUCUGGGGAACAAUCGCAUUUCCUAUGUCCAAGAUGGGGCCUUUAUCAACUUGCCCAACUUAAAGAGCCUCUUUCUUAAUGGUAACGAUAUAGAGAAGCUGACACCAGGCAUGUUCCGAGGCCUACAGAGUUUGCACUACUUGUACUUUGAGUUCAAUGUCAUCCGGGAAAUCCAGCCUGCAGCCUUCAGUCUCAUGCCCAACUUGAAGCUGCUAUUCCUCAAUAAUAACUUGCUGAGGACCCUGCCAACGGACGCCUUCGCAGGCACAUCCCUGGCCCGGCUCAACCUGAGGAAGAACUACUUCCUCUAUCUUCCCGUGGCUGGUGUCCUGGAACACUUGAACGCCAUUGUCCAGAUAGACCUCAAUGAGAAUCCUUGGGACUGCACUUGUGACCUGGUCCCCUUUAAACAGUGGAUCGAAACCAUCAGCUCAGUCAGUGUGGUUGGUGAUGUGCUUUGCAGGAGCCCUGAGAAUCUCACUCACCGUGAUGUGCGCACUAUUGAGCUGGAAGUUCUUUGCCCAGAGAUGCUGCACGUUGCACCAGCUGGAGCAUCCCCAGCACAGCCUGGAGAUUCCCACCUUAUUGGGGCACCAACCAGUGCAUCACCUUAUGAGUUUUCUCCUCCUGGGGGCCCUGUGCCACUUUCUGUGUUAAUUCUCAGCCUUCUGGUUCUGUUUUUCUCAGCAGUCUUUGUUGCUGCAGGCCUCUUUGCCUACGUGCUCCGAAGGCGUCGAAAGAAGCUGCCCUUCAGAAGCAAGAGACAGGAAGGUGUGGACCUUACUGGCAUCCAAAUGCAAUGCCACCGGCUGUUUGAGGAUGGUGGAGGUGGUGGUGGUGGAAGUGGGGGUGGAGGUCGACCAACUCUUUCCUCUCCAGAGAAGGCCCCUCCUGUGGGUCAUGUGUAUGAAUACAUCCCCCACCCAGUUACCCAAAUGUGCAACAACCCCAUCUACAAGCCUCGUGAGGAGGAGGAGGUGGCUGUUUCAUCAGCCCAAGAAGCAGGAAGUGCAGAACGUGGGGGUCCAGGGACACAACCACCGGGAAUGGGUGAGGCUCUCCUAGGAAGUGAGCAGUUUGCUGAGACACCCAAGGAGAACCAUAGUAACUACCGGACCUUGCUGGAAAAAGAGAAGGAGUGGGCCCUGGCAGUGUCCAGCUCCCAGCUUAACACCAUAGUGACGGUGAAUCACCAUCACCCUCACCCUCACCACCCAGCAGUUGGUGGGGUUUCAGGAGUAGUUGGGGGAACUGGGGGAGACUUGACAGGGUUCCGCCACCAUGAGAAAAAUGGUGGGGUGGUGCUGUUUCCUCCCGGGGGAGGAUGUGGUGGUGGCAGUAUGCUACUAGACCGAGAGAGGCCACAGCCUACCCCCUGCACAGUGGGAUUUGUGGACUGUCUCUAUGGAACAGUGCCCAAAUUAAAGGAACUGCACGUGCACCCUCCUGGCAUGCAAUACCCAGACUUACAGCAGGACGCCAGGCUCAAAGAAACCCUUCUCUUCUCGGCUGGAAAGGGCUUCACAGACCACCAAACCCAAAAAAGUGAUUACCUCGAGUUAAGGGCCAAACUUCAAACCAAGCCGGAUUACCUCGAAGUCCUGGAGAAGACAACAUAUAGGUUCUAACAGAGAGAAGAAAAUAUAUUAGUGCUUUUUUUUUUUUUUUCAAAAGAAAAGGAAAAUAAAAGAAAUAAAUCCUUUGCUCCCUUUACACUUGUCCCAGUAACUCCAUCCUCACGAUCUUCCCUACCCUGAACAAAACUGAAACCGCAUGAUAACUAGAGAAUACAGAUGUAUGCUCUCCCCUCUCAGAUGUGAUUUGGAGGAAGGGCCAUACUCAGAUCAUUAAUCAAUGAAGUGCCUUCGCAGACUUUUGCCAGCAAAUGUUAUCAUUAUUUUUUUAUACUGAAACUUGAGACUUUGACUGUGCCAUGUAUAAGGUAUACUGGGGAUCAUUGUAUGGAUCCUAAUUAAGUAAAAUUCAAUGUGUCUUUUUAUUUUCAGUAACUAUUUUUUUUUUUUAGUUGUAGUUUUGUUUUAAAGGGAGGGGGGAAACAAGUUGACAUUUGUCAUUUGUGGCUUUCUUUCUUCUCAUCAUGGCACAGAUUCUGUACAUGUAUUAACAAUGCAGUUUGCUGCAUGCCUGGAAACUGCAAGAUGGGGAGGGAGGGGGCGGGUCUUGCUCGAAUGUUCUCACUCACUAUCUUGUCUCUCAUACACAUAUCCAUCUGCAGAACGUGCCCUAAACCUGCAGUUUCUUCCUGCUGGUGCAGGUACACCCCCCCCCACACACACACACAAACACACACAGACACACACAGACACACACAUACUCCAUACCAUUCCCAUUCAACCCAAUCUGCUUAGUUCGGGUUUGAUCCAUUUUUCUCCUCUCCAUAGUUCCACUACCCUUCACUUCUAGUGUACAGCUCACAGCAUCUCUCCUAUCACCCUGGGAAAAUCACAUUCUAGGCUGGAUUCUACUGAAGUGGAGGCCUGGUGGUUUAACAGCCGAAGACACGAGCCUAGGAAUGAGCACCCUCUUUGUGACACUUCAUCCUGAUGCCAAGAUUUUUUGGAGAACAUCUGCACUUUCUUAUAUAUAUAUAUAUAUAUAUAAUAUUAAAAAAAAAGCAACUGGGUAUAUAUCACUAACAGCUUUGUAGGAAGCACUUUUAAUGUUUUCUCUCUCACACACAAAGAUUCAAAAGAAAUGUGCAUAUAUUUAUUCUGUAAUUUCAGUGAUUAUAAAUUGUAAAGGUAAUGUUUAAUCAUUGUAUAGUGAUUAUGCGUCUGGUAUAGCUUUCCUAAUAAAAAGUUUUUGAAAAACAUAAUACAUUAUAUAUAGAGGAUACAAAGCUUGAAUCUUAAACUCCAGCUAUGCCAUGCCUUUCGUGCUCCCAUUUUAAAAAAUGAUUUCUUUUACUUGUUACACAGAAAGUAAUUUAUUAAUGGGUUUGAUGCACUGUGAUGUUGAUAAAUCUUAUAUCCCACCAUCUCUAUUCCAAACCAGGAUACAAUUGAGACUUAAAAUCUGACUUACAGUUUAUUUUUUUUCUUGACUUACGUAUUUCAAUUUUAGUAACCAGUGAUGCACUGUUUCCUAGGCAAGAUGCAAGGGGGAGAAAAUAAAAUAACUAGAUCACUGAGAAGUACAGGAUUAAUUAGGAGAACAUAAUCAAGGAUCCGUACAUCUUAAGAUAAUAGAUGACAUAAAGAAAUCGGAGAGUAAAAUUGCUAUUGUUUUUUAAAAUAUGUAGUCCAAUUACAUGCACACCCUCAUACACCCGCAAGCUUCCACACACACCCAUACAACCCAGUAAAUAUCAAAGGCCUUGGCCUUGGAGCCAAUUAUAUGGCCAGAAUCCUGUGA